AUGGGAGUCAAAGACAACGAAAAGUUAGGGAGACGCGUGCGUUCGGCGGCGUUUUUAGUCGCCGUCGGCAUGGUGGUUGGCUCUUUAGCCGGGUUUUUAUUCACGCCUCCGAAUCACGACGACGGAUUUGGCGCACCAUCAUCAUCAUCAUCUUUUCAUCGUCACGAUCAUUCAUCGACUUGGCAUCCGACGACGAGUUACGGGUCUUCUUCUUCUUCUGAUAAUGACGACAAUAACGACGACGACCACGACGACGAUUCGAGUCGUCAGCAGCAGCAUCAUCAUCACUCGAAUAGUGGCGGCGAUCAUCAUAACGACGGAGAAGAAGAAAAUGAUGACCACCACGACGGUGACGACCACUUAGUCUCGAAACCGAAAACGACCGUGAACACGAACGUGCAAUCCGGUAAGCAAACGUGGACGAACCCGCAGCACAGAGAGAUGUAUAAAACGAUGUACGACGAGUAUCACAAGUUACGCUCUGGCGCGAACGUGUGCCACUCGUGCAGGUUUUUAGAUGGGAUUAAAAAGAGGUACAAGUUUAAGACGUUGUUAGACGCCGGGUGCGGCACGGCGGUGAUGGUGAGAAAAUUGAGACAAAGUGGGGUAGACGCGAGAGGGAUUGAAGCCGCGAGCUUGCCGUUGAAAGAGUACGCGUCGGAUUUGUUGGCGAAUGGGACGGUAUUUUCCACGCCAAUGCAAGAAAUUCCGUUCAAGUCGGAAUCGUUCGAUAUGAUUACGUCUGUCGAGGUGUUCGAGCACAUUCCAGAAGCAGAUAUCGAUCGGUCCAUUAACGAGCUGAGUCGAGUGGCUAAACCUGGAGCGAAUGCUUUUAUUACGGUUGGACAGUCCACGUCUAGGUUUGACACGGCUGAUGGUAGGAAGAAGUCUGCCGUGGCGCAGAUUUCGACAAAGUUCAAAUUUCACGAAACGGUGAAGCCGAGACAGUGGUGGUUGGAUACGUUUUGUGCGCAUGGGUGGUUCGCGGAUGACGAUGCGUACAUGCACAUGGUGAAAACGAGUAACGAAGGUGGUUUGUCUCGACCACCACCGCGAGGAUGGUUUUCGUUGACGAAAGGGAAACCGAACGGGAAGCCGUGCAAGUGCAAAGUGCCUCCGGGGAGACAAGCGAGUUGGUUCUGCGGUGUCGGGAGACCGAACGCGAAGAAGGAUGUGGCCAAAUUGUGGAGCGAUUUGAAGAAGGAAGCCAGUGCUUAA